AUGGCAUGCCGUCAAUUGAGUGUAAACGAGAAGACAUGGAUUGUGAAACACAUGUAUCGACUUGAAUAUCCGAUUAAUGUGCAACGAUUAUGGUCUAAAGAAAUCAAUAAUAAUCCUCCAGAUCGAAAGACUAUAACAUCACUUAUGCACAAAUUUGAACAGACUGGUUCGGUAUUCAAUAUUGAUCCACCUGGUAGACCAGUAUCAGUUACUGACCAAGCAACAAAAGAUGAAGUUUCGUCGAUUUUAAAAAAAGAACCGCAAACGUCAAUUCGUCGAAUGAGCACAGACUUGAAUAUUUCAAUGGCUUCAGUUCGACGUAUGUACAAGUCCAUGGGAUUCAAACCAUAUGUUCCUAGACUAAUUCAUGAACUGAAUGAAGAUGAUUUUGAUCGACGACUUGAAUAUUGCGACACAUUUUUAUCGCUUCUGGAAGACGAUUCUGAUCUUAUCUAUCGUGUCAUCUAG